GCAGAGCAGAGGAGGUGCUGGGGAGGGAAACAGAUACAGGUUUCAACGGGAACAACAGGUUUCUGCGGAUGUUUUACAUAGAACGAUCUGGACAACCAACAAGAGAAUCCAAAGAAGAGCCUGUGAAAGGUGCCAAAUCCACCUGAUGCUGCCGCCUAAUCUGGUCACCCGGGAUUGAACACACACACACAUACACACGUAGACGUAGGGACGGCCAACAUGGCGUCCGACGCGCCCAUCCUGUCAGAGCAGCAGGAGCUGCAGAGGAGAGCCAACCAGGUCACGGAUGAGACCCUGGAGAGCACAAGGCGGAUGAUGCAACUGGUUGAGGAGAGUAAAGACGCCGGGAUCAGAGCUGUGGUUAUGCUGGAUGAACAAGGAGAGCAGUUGGAGCGCAUAGAGGAGGGCUUGGAUCAGAUCAACUCCGAUAUGAAGGAGGCAGAGAAGAAUCUGACGGACCUGGGCAAGUGCUGUGGCCUCUGCUCCUGUGAUAAACUGAAGGCCUUUGAGGAAAGCGGGGCGUACAAGGCAGUUUGGGGCGGAGGAUCUGGUCAGGACGGCGUCGUGUCCAAUCAGCCACCGUCGUCUCGAGUGGUGGAUGAGAGGGAACAAAUGAUCAUGAGCGGAGGACACAUACGAAGGGUGACUAACGAUGCCCGGGAGGACGAGAUGGAGGAGAACCUGGUUCAUGUCGGCAGCAUCAUUGGGAAUCUGAAGAGCAUGGCCCUGGACAUGGGCAACGAGAUAGACACACAGAACGUCCAGAUCGAGCGCAUACAGGGAAAGGCUAUACUCAACGUGUCCCGCAUCGACGCUGCCAACCAGAAGGCCAACAACCUCAUCAAACGAUAGAAGGAGCGCGCUUUUAUUUCACUCUUCUUCUACUCAUUCGCCCUUCUAGCAAUUAGCCGAUGCUUGCGCAUGCUUUGGCAAAGUGCUGCUGGCCUUACUCUCUGCUCUACACCAGGUGUUUUUUAGUAGUGUUUUCUUUUGUGUGACAUUAUUGCUGCGUUUUUUUCAAUUGGACCGAUUCUCAGUUGUGAGUUUGAUACGGGCAUGACAAAAUAAUUUGGCGUGUCAUGUGAUUCUUUUAUUGAUAUCACAACAGGGCGUCGCUUAAGUUUUCCCCUGUGAGGUGGCCUCUGUGGUCACUUAGCAGAGUUAUAUUAUACGGAGCUUCAAUAAUGCCUGUAGGCCAAACUGGGUCACUGCACCAGCAGCAGAGAGUAGAGUCGAGUUAGAUCAAGAAGUACUUCCACAAGAAAAACGACCCCGCCGAAGAGCGGCUCUGUUGGUCCUGUAUUUGACUUCUAUCGGGAGAUAAUUAAAAGAAAGAAAUAAAAGCUCUGAUAACCAUGUCCAGGAUAUAUGUCCACAUCUCCACAAAGAUCCUCCUUCUGUGUAUUCACCUACACAUCCCUCUCACUCUAUCUAGAAACGCUCGAUAGAGGGUGAAACACGUGCGUGAUGGCGCCCUCUGCAGGCACUGCUGGGUAUUGCCUGGGAGACAGAAACACGUAUUCUCUCCGAGGGGAAGAUCUCUGGCGACACCAAGAGGACGAGCAUGGAACCUGCCCUUCUUCUUGGCCUCUCCAUCUUCUUUCCACAUUGAUAUAAAAUGGUGGUGAAAUGACGAUGAUGUUUUUGGUGACCAUCAAAACUUAUGAGUCACAGCAUUGACCGAUUCUGAUUUUGUGCUUUGUUCAAUGUAUUUUUCAUUAAAGCCAAUGGGCUCACAUUGUUUCAG